AUGUUCGAUAACACCAUAUCUAUACCAUUAGUGAUAGAGGAUAAGAAUGGUAAAACCAUUAAAGAAUCUUAUUUGAAUCUAGGAAUAAAAUCUAAUGGAGGAUUUGAUAGAAUUGUCACUGGAGCUAUUCACGAAGGGACUUAUAGAUUCGAAUUGAGUAAAUCAAUUGUACCAUCGAUACGAAGUUAUAAAGAUGAGAAAUAUGAUGAUACAAAAUGGGAAGAAGCGGUGGAUCAGCUUCUACUGUACGACAAGUAUCAAUGUAAACGGGAGGAUUUGAUAAUGACAGCAAAAUUUGUCAGCGAACAGAAGAAUUAUGAUGAAGAUGGUGAUUUGGUAGAAGAUUUUGAAACAAUUAACGAUUAUAUAACUAUCGAUAUCAAGACCAAGGGGACUUUGAGUAGAUUAUAUGGAAGUUUCCAAUUGAAAGAAGUCGAUGAUGCUACAGAUUUACUUUACUGGUUAAAGGAAAUUGUGGACAUUAAAGAUGAAAUGUUAAAGAUGUAUACUAAAAUCAAUGAUCAAUAUGAAUCCCUAGUUCAAGAGCGUGAUGAUUAUAAGAAGGCUUUGGAUGACAACAUUCUUAAUCAUGAUAAGAUCAUCAGUGAUUUGGAGAGAAAAUUCUAUCUUGUUUUGGAUAGUAAGAAGAAAAAGAUAAUACAGUUGACACUGGAGUUAAGGAAAGAUGGAAGUAUUGAUGGAUUGAAUGAAAUUUAUGAGGAAUCACAAAAGCACAAUCUAGAGAAUCUUUUGAAAAAUAAGGAUAAAUUACCCACUAAACUUGAUGAUAUAUAUGUAUCCCCACGAAAGAGGAAAGCAAAGAUGGAAUCUUCACCCAGGAAAAAGAAUCGAAAUCUUACUGAUGGUGAGUUGACAAAAAAGAUCUUGGGUAAGAAUCUGGAAGAUGAUGAAAUGGACAGUUCCGAAUAUGAAGACGAUGAAGUGAAUGAAGAAUUGGAUGAAAAAGAGACUGAAGAUAAAGUAAAGGAAGAAAAUUCAGAUGAAGGGUCACAAAUGAAAAUUAAACAAGAGAAUGAAGAGAGUCUAACACAAAUGAAAGACGAAAAUGAUUCUGGUGAUACAAUCUAUAGUACAUCAGAAGAUGAAGCUAACAUUAAGUCUGAUAAUAUUGAAGUUCAGGAAGAGAUACCAUCCGACAAUAUUGAAGUUAAAGAUGAGUCCCUAUCGGAUAAUACCAUAUAUAGUGAAUCAGAUUAA